AGGAGGAGAAGAAGUCAUGCAAUACAUCAAGAUCCUAGCCUCCAUUAACCCUUGUGUCGUCCCUAGAAAAUUGAUUACUUUCAAGGAUCUUCAAGUUCUUUGUCUCCAGGCUUCGCUUUCAAGGCGUACCAUCAAUCCCCGGCUAGAACGAUCUUUACUUAUUUUAUACUGACAACAACAUUUUGCAGGGUUAAAUUGGGCGCUUGCUUUAAGCGUGUCACAGUUUCCUCAAGCUGGGAUCCAGAUUUGGGAUCCGUCAGGCGACCGGUGUGCUGGGCUGUGGCUGGGUGCCCAUAGCAUUUGGAACCCUAUUGGGCCUCGAGCUUGGGCUCUCCCUCCUUUUGGGCACCCUAAGGCUAAUUGUUGGGCUGCUUGGAUGGCGGUUUUGGGACUUGUCCAUGGGCCCAGUUUCGUGUUGUUUUGCUCUUUGCAAUUGCACCAAGCUCGACUUUUGUUGAGAUAUGACGCCAAGAGUUGUCACUUCAUUUGUGCCUAUUUUGAUGUCUCAUGGGUGAUGUUGAAUGCUGUUUUGAUGUGGUUCAUUGUUUUUAAAAUGGUUGAAUUGUUUAGGUCAUGAUUUUUUCUGUCAGCCCCACAUGGGUCAUUAUGUAUGAUUCCGCUGAUCAAUAAAAGAGUUGUCAUUUCUCAUCCCAAAAAAAUAAAAAAAGAGGCCAAGGUGGUAGACUCAAAUUAAACGUCCCGUAAAAUACUAGAUUAUACUCACCUCCAUAUAUUGCAACAGAUUCAUUAAACCAACACCAAAUAGUCACCAAUUAAAUUCUAUGAACAGCUCUGGCUCUCCACACGGGCAUCAUCAUGACGAAGAUAUUGAGGAAAACAUCAUCAGCCAACAAAAUCCUUCGAAAGGAGGCUGGACUGCUGCCAUCUUCAUCAUCUUUGUCGAAAUGGCAGAGAGAUUUGCUUACUAUGGUAUGUCUGGUAACCUCAUCACCUACCUCACAAACGAACUCGAGGAACCAAUUCCUAUGGCUGCCAAAAACGUUAACACUUGGACUGGUGUCUCGGCUCUCUUACCUCUUCUCGGAGCCUUCAUAGCCGAUUCCUUUCUCGGUCGAUUCACCACCAUCCUUGUCUCCUCCAUUAUUUACUGCAUGGGAAUGAGUUUGUUGACCGUAACAGUUUCGGUUGUUCCACUGCAUUUGCGCAAAGCAAUGUUCUUUGUGGCACUUUACAUAUUGUCAGUUGGGCUAGCCGGGCACAAACCAUGUGUGCAGACGUUUGCGGCGGACCAGUUUUCUGAGGACUCGCCAGAGGAAAGAAAGGCAAAAAGCUCCUUCUUCAACUGGUGGUACCUGGGGAUUAUUGUUGCUGGCUCUGCUGCCAUAUUGGUAGUCAUAUAUAUCCAGGACAAUGUAAGCUGGGCGGCAGGAUUUGGAAUAAUGACAGGUUCCAUGGUGGUGGCACUAAUUUUAUUUCUAUUGGGAAUCAAGAAAUACCGAAAGCAAGGACCCCUAGGCAGUCGUCAGGAAGCGGCACACCGAGGUCACUACCGUCCGCAACAGCCACUUUCUUCCGUACAUACCAACCAAUUCAGAUUUUUGGACAAGGCAAUGGUCAUUGACCACUUGGAUGCUUCAAGCGAGGCCAGAAAUCCUUGGAGACUAUGUUCACUAAAUCAAGUGGAACAAGUAAAGCUCCUCCUACGCCUCAUUCCCAUAUGGAUGUGCUGCUUAAUGUUUGCUGUAGUCCAGUCAUUUGUGCAGACCUUCUUCACCAAACAAGGAAGCACAAUGAUCCGGUCAAUAGGUUCAUUUCAGAUUCCCCAAGCUUCCCUCCUAAUCUUCGUUGGUCUCACCAUCAUAGUUGUCAUUCCAAUCUACGACCGUGUUUUUGUCCCAACUGCCCGAAAAUUCACCGGACAUCCCUCAGGUAUUACCAUGCUACAAAGAAUUGGCACUGGCCUAUUAAUAUCAAUAAUCACUAUGGUUGUUGCAGCUGUGGUAGAAGCCAAAAGGGUAAAGAUUUUAGGAGAUCACAACCUCCUGGACAAUCCGAAAGCAAUUGUUCCAAUGAGAGUGUGGUGGUUAGUUCCUCAGUAUGUGAUAUCUGGUUUGUCUGAUGUAUUUGCGUUUGUUGGAAUCCAAGAGUUGUUCUAUGAUCAAAUGCCGGAGGCAAUGAGAAGCUUGGGAGCAGCAUUUUACCUCAGCGUCACCGGAAUUGGAAACUUCAUAAGCAGUGGGAUAAUAACGUUGGUUCAAGUAAUUAGCUCUAAGUAUGGUGAAAAAUGGAUUAGUGACAAUAUCAAUCACGCACACCUCGAUUACUUUUACUGGGUAAUUGCAGCUCUGAGCACAUUGAAUUUGUGCAUUUACGUGUGGAUUGCUAAAGGAUUUCUAUACAAAAAAAGUUGAAGCAGAAGAAAGCAAUUAAUAAGAAGAAACAGCUAAUUAGCUUAAUUGAUACUUUUUUUAUUUAUUUGUCAAUCACACGGUGUUCUCAAAGGCUUCCUAGGUCCAGAGACUAAUCCGUGCUCGGGGGAUCUUGUCAGAACGCUUCCUCCCCCCUGGCCACCAAGAAUAUAUUGGGAUUUAACUCCAAUAAGCGUCGGUGGGAUUCAAACCCGGGCUUAAUUGAUACUUGUUGUCGAUCAAGAGGUGAUCCUAAUGGCCUAUAUAUGUAGUUUUUUCUUUU